AUGGGGACUGUGUAUAAGUUGUUGCAUAAUACGCGGAUAACAGUUGAGUGGUAUGUUCUUAUAGCAGGAAAUAAUGCUAAGCCUAGGGUUGUUACUUGCUUAUGGCUUGCUUGCCAUAGGCGGUUAGCAACUAAGGAUCGCCUGGUAAAAUGGGGAUUGAUUACUGAAGUUAAGCGUUGUCCCUGUAAUGAGGUAGAAAGGAUAAAUCAUUUGCUCUUUGGUUGUGCCAAAAUGAAACAGAUUUGGAGGAGUAUUUUACAAUGGAUUCAAGUUGAGCACCAACCUCUCCCGUGGGAUGAUGAAGUUAAAUGGCUGACUACCUAUUGUGGAGGAAAAGGAAAAAGAGUGUGGAUCAUGCGAGUUGCAAUAGCAAAAACCAUAUAUCAUUGUUGGAAGUUGAGAAAUGCUAUUUGUUUUGAGAAUCAUAUAGAUUGUGAAAACAUUGUAAAUAAUAUUAUAGAAGCCAUUAUACAUAGGAGUUGGCAUUGUAAAAGAUAUAGAGAGUACACUACACAAUUGAUGAUGUAA